UCUUAAUAUCUACAUUGUGGUCUUUGGGACAGCCAUCUUUGUCUUCAUCCUCAGCCUCCUCUUCUGCUGCUACCUGAUCAGAUCCCUCUCACUCUGCUGCGAGAGGUUAAGGUUACUAGUAAUGGAGGUAAAUCUUACAAACCUACGAAUUUCUUUUGUCUGUUUUGCUUUUUUUCCCCCGUCCCUUUUCUAUAUUAUUUAAUCUCCCUCUGAAGUAUGUUCUGUGGAUUCUCUUCUCAUUAAAUGUCCAUCAUGUUCUCUCGCUGUUCUCUGAAGUAUGUGUAUUUAAAGCUCAACUUGUGUCUGUCCCAACUUUCUUGGAACUAUGUAAGACUUGUCUAAACAGCCUGCAGUUCCUAAUGGCUGUUAAAAUCUGACUUAAUUAUAGUUUUACCUCAGGUGCAGUGUUUUGUAAAGAAAGGAGGGCUUAAAGUAUUCCAAGAAUAUCACCUGUUUACAUGUAAUUUGACUUACUCCUGCCUUAGUUGGCAAAAUAAAUCUCUAAAGAUUCCAAGUUUUGUUUCAGGAGAUAUUCUGCCUUCUUUCUGUGUUUGGUUGAUUAAAGCCAUAUGUUUUUAGUCAGGAAGUUAUUUUUGGCCUGGUGAAUUAAAUGACAGACUGAACUUUGUGACUCACCACACUCUGCCAAGACAUUUAUUCUGCUCUUUCUUUUUUGACCUUCUCUCUAAGAAUAUUAUAUGUAAAAUUAUCUUCUGAUGCGUUUGCUAAUUUACAUGAAUGCCAACGUUGUUGGAUAAUUUGUUCUCUUUAAUCAAAGCCAGUUUUGUCCACCUCUUUUUUUUUUUGUCCACCAUUGCAGGAUGCAGGAUAUGUAUCCAUGUUAAUGUUUAUCAGUCAAUUACUAAUCAGAAAGGUGUUUUGUCUGUCCGUCUCCCCAGGUUACGGCACCAGGCACACAAAGAACUAUAUGCAUACAAACAAGUCAUUCAGAAGGAAAAAGUCAAAGAGCUAAACUUGCAUGAGAUAUGUGCGGUGUGCUUGGAGGAGUUCAAACAGAAAGAUGAGCUGGGGAUCUGUCCAUGCAAACAUGCCUUUCAUCGGAAGUGCCUCAUUAAGUGGCUGGAGGUGAGGAAAGUGUGCCCGCUGUGCAACAUGCCCGUCCUGCAGCUCGCCCAGCAGGCCGGCACCACAGAGCCCCCCAUGCCCGUCCAGCAGCCCCUGCCUGGCGCCGAGAACCUGGUGUAGCGGAUGCUGAUCCCCUCUCGGAAAGCAGCCGGCGGACACACAACAAACCACAUCCCAACGCUCACACUCACACCUUAAACAGGUACCCUUUGGUGGGAGGGUGUGAACUGACACAAACUGGAAUAACUGAGCAGAAGCUCACAAAAACUGAGAGUCCUCGGUCGUCAUCACCUCUUUUUAUUUUUGCAUCAGUUACAAAAAUAAAGAAAGGAUUUCCUUUAUGUCAGCACCAAGUGGCUGAUAAUCAGCUGUUCUUUUUAUUUUAUUGUAUUUACUUCAUGGACGAUGAAUCUAGAAGAAGUUUCUUUUUGUUACUUUUUCACAACCAAAGCGCUUUUCUGGAGGGCACCAGCAAAAGACGAGGAAGAAGAAAACGCAAAAGCCAAGAACUUCACUACACUAAGAUAUAUAU